GGUGAGGAGAGAGAGAGAGAGAGAGAGAGAGAGAGAGGAGAGCGAGGCAGCACAAGGGGACAGAUGGAUUAUCUGACAUGCGCCUGGAUUGACCAACGCUCCUUUUUAAGUCUUGAACCCUGGUUUUCCUCCUCACUUUGAGAACUGAACCAUGUGGAGCGGGGCAGGCUGCGGACAGGUACUCUGCGUGGUGCAUCUUUUGUGAUUCCACAGGAAAUAAAGGGAAUUUUAUACGCAGCAAACUUCCUACAGGGCACAACAACAGAGAAGUUAAAUUUUUUUUUCUGGAAAUUCAAGGGUUACACUGGAGCAGCAAGAUUGAAACCAACCUUUUAAAAACAACCCUGAAAGAGAGAUCCAGAGGAGAGUGGAAAACAGGAUUGUUACCGGAGUAUACAAACAGGGUGAUUUGAGUAUUUUUUUUAAGCCUUAUCAGACUGAUUUAUUUUCCAAAACAGACCUGGACUGCAGAUUUUCUCAUCAACUCAGUGGAAAAAACAAUCAGAGGAUUACGAGCUUGUCAAAGAGUCUGUAAAAAUCAUUCAGACUGAAUCUCAAGUUUCCAUACAGGUGGUAGAUGAUCUGGACUCUUCAGGGGGACUUUCUCAUCCUCUGGACUGUGGAGGGCUGUCCUCCCUGCCCUCUCAGCCUCUCCUCACCCCCAGCAGCAUGUCCCAGGCUCUGAGGCUGCCUCUAGUCCUCCACACAGCACACUACCAUGAUCAGAUGGGCUGCUGGAAGGAGUAAGGCUGCCUCUGCCUCGUCUGGCUCCAGGGCUGGGUUAGGGGCUUAUUCUGGUUCUGGAUCUGGAGUCACCUCCAGACUUAAGUCAUCCACGCUGCUCCCCUCCCUGACUCUUCCUCUCCUGGUGUCUCUUCUGCUUCUCUCUUUCUUUCUUACUGGGGCUGACUGCCACCUGAACCGAAGAGACAAACUGAGACGGGCAAACCCUCGAACUCUUAGGGUUCCUCUGAACAUUUCUGAGACUGAGGUCGAGUUCAGGCCCAGGGCUGGCAGGGGCCCGCUGGGUCGGGCUGGGGGAGCGCAAGGGAGGCAUGUGCGCAGCUACAGUCAUCUCCAGGGGGACAUUCGGAGGAGGAAGCUAUUCUCUUUCCAGAAGUUUUUCCUGAGGAUCGACAGGAACGGGAAGGUCAAUGGGACCAAGAGCAAAGAUGACCCCCUCAGUAAGUAACUCUGUGAGAGAAUUUAUGUUCAACAGCAGAAUCCAAAUCCAAAGAUGAUCAAGUCUUUACAGAAGCAGGGGAUUCGAAAGGUGAUCAAGCAACAAUAUUGCUGCUUUUUGAGACUUUUGGGCUCUGCAGCAAGAACUUCUUACAUUGCCGGUUGAUCGCUCCAGUUCAAGGAUAUUUCUAACAUAAAGAAACCCUCAUGCAUCUUUGGUUACUGCAUCCAGAAAAAAAAUCAAGUGUUAAUUCUUCAAAGCCUGUAAAAAAAAGUCGCAUAUAGUGUCUUUAAAUAUCUUAACUUGACAAAUCAGACGUAUAAUUUGGUGCAAUGACAGAAUUGAACUAAAAAUCUUAAUAUAACCAGCCCGCCCACUGGUUUGUAGUUUCAGCGGAGCAAUCCCCGAUUAGAGUAGUCAUUUUUUGUUUUAAACCAGACAUCCCAGCGAUAUCUGUGCUGUCCAAACACUCAUCACAAUGAUGGUAGCCCUGAGAUGGUUUAAAAAGGAGCAGGGGCAGAUAACCCGGCCAUUAUCAGGCCGUCUUCACAGCCCAGGGUAAACAGACCUGAUAACAAGCACAGAAGAACAGGCCUUGUGUUGUGGUGGUGGUGAAGGGGAGGGUGGGGGGGGCUGAGGAUAUGGAUGUCAGCCUCAUUGAUGCUUUUAGGCUCUGUGUCUGUGUCUCUUUCACUCUCCCACUGCGUUUGCCCGCCCGCAAGCCUGAGAGGAGCAAAUUACACACCCUCGGUCACAGAUCAGACAUUUGUUUAAAGCAGUUUGACGUGCUCGCUCGCAGAAACACGUCUUUAAAGUGAUUACACGUUGUAUGUUUCGCCAUAUCACUCAGUUAGAAAAAAAAAAAAAGCAUUCUCAUUAGUCUCCCAGCAUUCCCACUGAGCUACGUGUGUGUGCCUAUCAGCCAGCGGGCACUCACAUGCUCCAGUGGGUGUGUGAUCAUAUAGCAGCCAACAACGACACAUGUGCUCGCUUAUUACCGACACACUCACACACAAACACACACAUAUAUAUGUAUAUACUCCUUCCCUCCCUGUCUCUCUGUCUGUGUCCCCCAAACUGGUGUGUGUAUGGAAGCUUUUAAUGUUCCCCUUGGGAGAGCUAAACCGCACAUUCAAUCAAAGAGACUACGGGGGAAAUGGCAAGAGGAGGCAGAAUGUCAGGGGAGAUGUUUGUUUUGACAAGGUCAUGACAGAGGCAACUUUAUUUACUGACCGUGUUACACUGUGAUGCCUUUACUGCCGCCUUCGCUUGUGGCUGCUUUUAAGUUGUAAAACUGGAGUGGCGUGAGGAAGUCUCGCUCAGUUUAUCAUAAUGGAGGUGCGUGAACCUGAACUUUAAGUGUGUUUGGAAGGAGACUUUUUUUUCUUCUUCCUGAGUGCACAGCUCUUUUUUUUUUUUUUAGGAUUUUGUUGCCCUUAUUCAAAAUUCAGUGAGACUGGGUUCGAGGAGCACAGAGGGGACUCUCUCUAGAGGUACAAGUUCAUGAAUGACACGGCUGAACAUCAUUGUGGCCACAUCAAAGCAGUGCGUCUUCAGUAUCAAUGGUGGUGCCAUCAAAAAGCUGUGUCCUGAGGGGGUCUGGGGACACUGUGUGUGGAUUAUGUGGCCUGGUGUCAGGUUCUCACGGUAAAGGAUACUACACAACAGCAGCUUCAGUCUUCGCCGUGGCCCCCGGGGCUAGACAUGAUCCCAAGCUGACGUCCUUUGUAGACCUUCCAUGAUCCCUUGAAGUGACAAAACAUCAAGUUUUUAGGUCUAACAGGACGGCCAGUUGCUUUCUUCUGAGCCGGAGGAAAACACCUUCAUUCAAAUCCCACCUCGGAUCAUUUUAAAUGUUGUAUUCACUCAUUUGUCUCGUCAAAGAGGGGCUCUAGAUCUGAGGGUGUUGGUUUUAGGUGCUGCCUGUGGCCCUGUGAGGACUCAGCUCCACUGUCUGUUAAAGAGCCAGUAUCCAGCCUCCCACAGAUUUAUGGGGAUGCCAGCGCAAAACUGUCCCACAUGGCUUUCCAACCCGCUGGGAUCCUGUGCUGAGGUUAGAGAGAGGCAGAGAGAAAAGGAGGGAGAUUGUGUUAAAGUCAGCUAAGGACCUAUCCACGUGGUCUAAGUGCUGAGUUUAAAAACGUGUGAUUCACAGAUGACUUCUCUGUAAUUUAUAGACGGCUCUGGAUGGCCUGCAAAGUUUUGCGAAAUAGGACUAAUGCAAAAGUUGGCGGUAAAAAGGAUUUAGAUAAUUAUCCACGGCUUUGAUGGUGUGAGAGGGUGAGUCUGUCAAGAUCAUGUGUGCGUAUGUGUGUCGGACCACCACCUGUGUGUGCUGAAAGGUCCAGGCCAUGUGUGCAAGAUGGCUCGUGGACAUGGCUCAAGAGGAGCAUGUGUAUUAAUGUGAGUGUGAGUCUUCGCACACAUUCAUCUCCUUUAAUCAAAGCAGCGGCCUUUUACAUGGUGAAAAAAACACAUGGAGGUUUUAAGGAGAGAGAUGUACAGCUUUUCCUCCAAGGUGGGGAAGUAGGAUGGAUGUCUUUGCUCUGUAAAUACACCCAGUGUGGUCCUUAUCAAGUGUUAGUACUAUAAAUCCUGAUUUAUGCCUCACUACAAACCAUUCUCCUGCACGGGGAAAAAGCGCCGAUCACUUAUCUGUCUGAAUGUUAUUUUUGUGCAGACUGUGAACAUUCAUUUAAAGCAAGAGCGAAGGAAAAGACGCUGCAAUGCGCAUAGUUUUUGGCACCCCACUGUGAAAAAACCACCCCUAAUUCUCGCUGGCGUUGUAGAACCUCCAUUCCACAACCAACGCACCAUUUAGUGUUGUAACUCCAAACAGAGCGUGUCAAAAAAGCAACACAUUAGGAAAAAGCAACCAGCAUGCAAAAGACAAACUGCUGUAUCACCAUGUAAACAGAUGAAUCCGGCUGGUUGAGUUUAAACCUCUUUUUUUUACAUAAUGUGGUUUGUUGAAUUGACCGAAUACUCUUGAAGCUGUUACACAUGGAUGUUGUGAUGAGGUGGAAGAUGAAUGAGGCGCGUGUUUUUCUGUUGUUGCAUUUUCUCAUUCGCUCAAUGGAGUGAAUGGAGAGUUUGUAGCUUCACAGCCAGGUAGAGUAUACAAGUGUACACUCACCUGCUGCAAUCUGGACCAUGUGUGCAUAUGCCAGUGCAUAAGUGCAUGUGCUUUUGUGUGUGUGCAUGUGUGUGUAUAUACAACGUGUCUCGCCCCUGCCUCCGGUGGCUGACUUUGAUCAGUGAUCAUUACAGCCUUACUAAUCCUCACUCCACCCCCAGUCUCACUGUCAUGGCUCCUCUGUCCUCCUCUGUUCUCCUUCCUUUCAUCCCUCCCAUGUUUACAGAGCAGCCAGAGCCUGCCAUAGAUUGUCUUACAUCCUCACUCCGUACCGGACACCCGAUCCCAUACAGAAAAACCAGCUCCUCUCAGAUCUUCAAUGGCCGUUGUGUCACAGUCCCCACCACACCACCGCCUUUGCCGCUUCAGACCUCACUGCCCCGAGGUGCCACUGUUUGAACUAGAAACUGAUACAGGCAAGACCUCACAGAUGAGGAGAGAUGCAGCUGAGUAUUUUUUCAGAAAGAAGGAUUGUUCUUUUUUAUAUAACGGGGAUGGGGGUGGGGGGGCACACCUGCAUCCUCCGCCGUCCACCCCUGUACCAGGCUGGCAGCUCUCAGACCCCCUUACAGCCACCGGAGAGUGGGUCCGCCACACAAACAGUCAUCAGACAGAGGAGGGGCUGCCAAUCUGAUCAAAGGAUGUCGUCGACUCUCUGGAGUUCACACCCCCCACGCCACAGUGUGUGUGUCCAAAUGUGUGCGUGCGUACACAUAUGUGUGCUUAUCAGGAUAAAAUAACGACAGCUCACAGGAUGUGUGGAGAGGAAGUCAGGGAGGGAGGCAUGAAAUCAAACAUGCCAUGGGAACAGGGGAGACACACACACACACAUAGGGAGACAAGUGGGUCCUGUGGUCAAAGGACACAUUAGGAAGUUAUAUCUCUCUGACCUCUGAUACCAGGACCACACAAAUAACCACAGCCAUCUGCAGAAAAAGCUUGCCCUUGUUAACUGGAGUAUAAAUUAGCCUCUCUAAUAGCCUAUGAGAAACCCGAAUUACUCGUAUAAGGACAUGGCGAGCUAAAUACCAAACAGAACAUAAACAACCUGAGAAUCUCUGCAGUAUCCACCCAUUAAUUUCCAGACUAAACGGCCUGCACAGCUGGAAUCUGUUAUACAGGUGUGGGUUGUAAAGUUACUUUAUAAUAUCACUGAAAUGAUGAAUGUGCUUAAAGAGAAAAUGUGACCUUGCCCUCAGUUCCCACACUGUGUGUUCUCACAUGUUAAGUGACCUGCAAUGAGCAUGCAACAUGUGGUUAUUCAUGAGUUUCUCUGACAGAUGGGGUGCUUUAUAGAUUUAUUCUGGUGUGUUAUUGCUGCAGGAGUCCAUUGUUCUAUAUUUUUAUUUGCAGCAUUAACAAACUAUUUGUCUUUGUUAACUUUGAAGUGUUUUUUUUUACUCUUAAUUCCAGCUCAAACUUCUAAAUAAUACAAGUAUAUGUCUGGAUUUUUAAUUUUAUUGACAAAUCGGUCAUUUUUUCUGCAUCUCAGGUAUUCUGGAAAUCACAUCAGUGGAGGUGGGAGUGGUGGCCAUCAAAGCGUUGAACAGCAACUACUAUCUGGCGAUCAGCAGGAAGGGAGAGCUGUACGGAGUGGUGAGUAUCCAGGUCAGAGGUCAAUCUGACUGCUCCUGAGCAGAGAUAGUGUUAGAUUCUUCUGACCUUAUCAAAGCACCGUCUUUAUCUCUACCUCCCUGGAUACUGGGUCAACUCUAAAUCUCUGCCAAACUGACUCUAAACAUGCAGCACAAAUUAAAGAGUAGUAUGUGGCAAGGUAGUGUCUGCAACCACAAUGGAUUUGCAGGAGAAAAUGAUGUGUGUUUUGCCUUAACCUCUCAUGUCGAGGCUUUGACACUGAAACAUGAUCCCCGCUGUUUUUCAGAGGGAUUUUGGCGAGGACUGCGCCCUGAAGGAGCGCAUUGAGGAGAACGGCUACAACACGUACGCAUCAGCCAAGUGGAGGAACAAGAAGCGGCAGAUGUUUGUGGGUCUGAAUGUCCACGGGAAGCCGCUUAGGGGGAAGAAAACACGCAGGAGAAACACGGCCACCCACUUUCUUCCAAUUUUGGUGUAAAGUGGAGAAACUAAGUGGAGAUGGAGGAGGAUGUGCAGCACUGGACUGAGAGGUUUUUCAAAUUAUCUGUAAAAUACGGACAUUCACGGCGAAAUCUCUCAUUUGGAAACAAGGCACUAACACUGUUACUCAAAUAUAUGGUCUCUGCUUCUGACUUUGACUGAGAUCAUGUACUUUAUUUUAUAAGAGAGGAUGGUUGUGGUGUUUUCUGUGGCACAGGAUGCAAUACUGUUCCUUUUUACUGUGCCAAACAGUUUGCAACUGGAGUUUGUGUGUAAUGCAGACAAAACAGGAGAUUCUGUCCUAGCUAUGAACUGUGGUAGAAUAAAAAGUAUCUAAAAAUGUUAUUUAUGAUCCAUAAUCUCCUGCGACACACCAGAUCAUCCCCAUCAUUAAGAAGAGGGAAGGAAUUGGAUUUGAUAAGGGAAAUAAUAGGUCAAAAAGAGUGCAUCACAUGUAAAGCAAAUGUUCAAUACUUAACCACUGUGUUUUUGACUGUACUGUUAUGAUUUAUUUAUUUUGUGAAAUAUUUAACUGGAGGGGAACACUUACAAGACGAGCAUUCCUUCUGCAUUCUUAACUUUUUAUAGGAACUCUAUUAUGUGAAAAUAAAAAAAAAAACACCUUCCUCCUCUGCAUUGCA